AUGGUCACAAAUAACUUUUUGCCUACUCCUGCCAAAUCUCAUUAUGUCUUCAAUAUGAGAGACAUCUCCAAAGUCAUUCAAGGAGUCUACUAAUUAGACAGAUUGUAUUGUGAUAACAAAAUGACUGUACUUAGAUUGUGGGCGCAUGAAUGUUUAAGAGUAUUCCAUGAUAGACUCAUUAGUGUUGAGGACAGAUAAUUAUGCAAAUAAUUGAUCAACGAUCAAUUGGUCUCAUGUCUCUAAACCACCAUCAAAGAGUGUACUAAUGAAAAUGAAGAUGACACAGUCUUUGCCAAUUUCAUGGAGGAAAGUGGAGGCAAAUACAUUGAAGUGACAUAUAAUGACAGAGAGAAUUUGAAGAAAUUCUUAGAGGAGAAAUUGGUCUAAUUCAACACUGAAAAUAAGUCUAAGGCCAUGAACAUAGUUCUCUUUUAAGAAGCAGUCCAUUACAUUUGUAAGAUCAAUCGUAUCAUUAAUUUGGGCAAAGGACACGGAAUGCUUGUUGGAGAAGGUGGUGCUGGUAGACACUCACUCACAAAAUUAGCCACUCAUAUUGCUGAAUACAAGAGUUGGUAGAUUGAAGUCAGUAAGAAUUAUAGAAUGAAAGAGUUCAGAGAAGACAUCAAAAAAUGGUGUGAAGAGGCAGGAUUUAAGGGAGUCUCUGGAACCUUCAUCUUUAGUGACAAUCAAAUUGCUAAUGAGGGAUUCAUUGAAGAUAUCAAUAACAUUCUCUCUGUGGGUGAGGUACCAAAUCUAUUCAGUCAAAAGGAAGACUAUCCCUAGAUCAAAGAUAGAAAAACAAAUUAGACAAGGAUGCUAAAAUCCAAGAUGAAGACCCUCAUCGAAUAUUUCUUCACUAGAAUUCAAAACAAUUUCCAUCUUAUGAUUUUGAUGAGUAAGACUGGAGAGAAUCUAAGAAACUAUUGUCGUAUGUAUCCAGGUUUGGUUAAUAAUACCACUAUGAUUUGGCUUUGGUUGAAGUGGCCAACAGAUACUUGUUACAAUUAAAGUUGGACGAUGAAUUAACUGCUAACAUUUGCCAAGUUCUUUGGAACUGCUCACACAAAAGUGCUUUCCUUGAGUAAUAGAAAUGUUCCAAGAAUUAAAAAGAAUCUACUAUGUGACACCCACCCAAAUUAUAUUGAAUUGGUCAAAGGGUAUAAUGAUUUAUUGGAGAAGAAAUAAAAUGAAAUUGGUGGUGAAGUUCGCAAACUAACUUUGGGAUUGUAGAAAUUAGAUGAUGCAGCAGCAAACAGUGAAGAAUUGCAAAAACAAUUAUCCAUUUAUCAAAUUGAAUUGGCAAAGAAGAGUAAGGAUUGUGAAGAGUUGAUGAUCAAAAUAGAGAGUGAGUCAAGAGAUGCAAAUGAGAAAUAAGUAGAAGUGGAAACCAGAUCUGCUCAAGUGGAAAAGGAAAAGGCUGAAGUGGAGACUCUGGCAGAAGAAGCACAAAAGGAUUUAGAAAAAGCAGAACCUGCAUUGAGAGCAGCUGAACAAGGAUUGGAAGUAAUUAGAUAAAUAACAAUUGGCUGA